UAAAUUAACGAAAAAGUCAAAGUUUAUUGCCAACUAAAAAAAAUAUCUCAUUUCUUUCCACAGCAAUCCAAGUAAAAUAUAUUCUGAAGUACCGGUAGAUAGAUAUAAUAUGAAUAACGGUAAAAUGAAAAAGUGAAAAAAAUUUGAUGCGUAGAAAGUGCGCUUGAGUUGAACCGAAAACAAACAAAAAAAAAUAAUUAAAAAUUAUAAAAAAAAGAAUCAAAAUCCAUUUGUGCAACCACAAAGAGUUCAACGAAAAUGUCUACCAAUAUUUUGGCAACAGAUAUGCUUCCCGUAUAUAUAAUGCAGCAUAAUAUAACAAAUGCAAUACGAUUACCCGAGACAGCAACAACAACAAAAACAACAAUUGAUAUAGUGAGUGCCAAAUUGAACAGAACUACAAGCGCGUCCGCGAAACGACGAAAGAGACGAAAUGUGUGCGUUGAACCCGACGAACAGCGUACCACAUGCGACCGUGCGGUGGCAGCAACAAAUGCUACAACAAUAACAACACCAAUAGCAACAGCCAACAAAUCGGCAUAUUAUGCCGACUCAGCGGCGACCUCAAACAUUAAAGACUUUCUGCACCAAUGCACAAUACCACCACCACCACCACCAUCACCAGCAGCAGCAGCAGCCACUGCAACUGCAACGUUGAGCGUAAUGUCGCGCACAGCAACCACAACACCGCCGCCACCGCGAUUAAUGGUUGCAACAAGUGCAACAGAUACAACCUGCCGUCUGUUGCAUCAACACCACCACCACCACCAACAACAACAACAGCAACAACAUCCCAGCUACCGACGUCGUGCCACUAUAGCAACAACAGAAACAACAACACAUCCACCACCCAGUCUAUCACGUGCACGCGCCUCCAGCCUCGGCUUCAACCUGAGCACAGCCUUUGCGGCCGCGCUGUUACAUACCAGCGUUGCCGUGGCCGCUGCCGCCUCAACACAUGCACAAUCACAUCAUGGCGGCGGCGGCAUUGCAGCGAAACAUUUGACACCUCAAUCGCAGGCCGUGCUGGAUAAUGGGGUACUCUCACAAUUGGAUUCCAAUGCCACAUCAACGUUGCUGGGCGCGUCCGGCAUUACACUGCCACCCAGCAAUGCCACACUGCUGGACGAUGGUGGCGCGGGCGAGGAUGGUGUGGCAGGUGUGGAUGGCGCUGCGUUAAAUGGCAGCGAGUGGUUCGAUGUUUUGUUUCUAGUGUUUAAGGCAUCGCUGAUGUUGUUCAUCAUAAUUGCAGCCAUUUUCGGCAAUCUUCUUGUCAUUAUCUCUGUGAUGCGGGUUAGGAAAUUAAGAAUUAUAACGAAUUACUUUGUAGUAUCCCUAGCUAUGGCUGAUAUAAUGGUAGCUAUGAUGGCCAUGACGUUCAACUUUAGUGUGCAAGUAACCGGACGCUGGAAUUUCGGAAUAUUUGUGUGCGAUUUGUGGAACAGUCUGGAUGUGUAUUUUUCUACGGCAAGCAUUUUGCAUUUAUGCUGCAUAUCCGUCGAUAGAUACUAUGCGAUUGUGAAACCACUCAAAUAUCCCAUAAAUAUGACAAAACGUGUUGUGUUCAUAAUGCUUCUGAAUACUUGGGUAUCACCAGCACUGCUCUCCUUCCUGCCCAUCUUUAUCGGUUGGUAUACGACGGAGGAGCAUAAGAAUUACGUGAAACGGCAUCCGGAUCGUUGUGAAUUUAUUGUAAAUAAACCAUAUUGUGUUAUCUCAAGCUCGAUUUCCUUCUGGAUACCCUGCACGAUUAUGAUUUUUACCUAUUUGGCAAUAUUUCGUGAGGCAAAUCGUCAAGAGAAGCAAAUGAUGGCGCGGCAGGGUAAUGCAAUGUUGAUGCAUCGACAUUCGGAGGAUGCGCGCGCUGUGAGCGGUGUGAGCAAUAAUACAGGUGAAGCACUCAGCGGUUCCGGCUCAUCGAAGACUUUGACGUUGCAUGAAGUUGAGCAGGAUCAUACACCUACAAAGGAUAAACAUUUAAUCAAAAUGAAACGAGAACAUAAGGCUGCAAGAACUUUGGGCAUAAUUAUGGGUACAUUCAUUCUCUGUUGGCUGCCGUUCUUCCUUUGGUACACCAUCACCAGCUUGUGUGAUUUAACCGCACCCGACAUUGUGGUCGCCAUACUCUUCUGGAUUGGCUACUUCAAUUCAACGCUGAAUCCGCUCAUUUACGCUUAUUUCAAUCGCGAAUUCCGUGAAGCUUUUCGCAACACCCUCCAAUGUCUGUUCUGCAAUUGGUGGCGAGAUCGCGGCAUGCCCUUGGACAUCGACAUACGACGAUCCAGCUUACGCUAUGAUACGCGCGCCAAAAGCGUCUAUUCCGAGAACUAUUUGAGUGCCAGCCAGCCACCGCGGCGUACCAGCCAACUAGUCGAUAGCUUAUAAUAUAGCCGGGAUGAUUCGUUGUUGUCGGUGACACGAACAACGCCACAGCGAUCCACCUCCAUGCAACUGCUGCCAACGCAACAGAGUGAAACCACGUCAACGCUUCGUACUGCCACCGGCGUUGGCGGUUCGGGCAUGCAUCAGUUGGCGCCACUUCCUCUGCCCUCAUACGUGGGCAAACGUUUGCUCGAUAUUAAGCCAAGUGCUGGUCAAGAGUUGAAUGGUGCGGAAUUGAAGGGUGGGCGGGGUGGUGGCGGUGAUGGUAGGCAUGCAAAUGUGGGUGAUGAUGAUGAGCCGCAACAGAUUCAAAUCGAAAUACCGUUAGCGUAUGUGAAGAAAUGGAAUAAAAGCAAUAAAAAUACGGCGACAACAGCAACAGCAACAGGAACAACAACAACAACAGGAUGUACUACAGCGAUAAGCACAACUGCAGCGACAACAACAGCAACAGGUGCGGCAUUGGUCAAUAGUACUGCCACCGUGACAACAGCAGCAACAACAACAACAUCUAAAGCAGCAUCACCAACCGCAACGACAACUAUAACAACAACAGUAACAACGCCCAAGGGCACUGAACACACUCACGCACACACACACGUUUAGAAGGAUUGCUAAAGCAUGCUCUAGUCUACAUACACAAAUAAAUCAACACAUUGGAAAUAAAGUUUGUAAAACAAAAAUUGAGGAAACCAAACAUAGUCAUUAAGCAAAAGAGUGUUAAGUUUAGUAAAAUAGGAGAACUAAACAAACGAAAAACUGACUAAUACUAAUAACUUAAUAUAUGUAUAUAUUAAAUAUUUAUUUAUACUAUGUAAGUAUAUGUGUAUAUAAAUCUCUUAUGGCAAUAAAAACAAAAGUAAUUGCUUGAUUUCAGAAUCGAUUAAUCCAGCGUCUUCCG